AAGGUACGAAGGUGAUUUGAUAGCGAAAUGUUAUUAUGCUAAGCGAAAAUUAGUGUGGGAAAUUCUAGAUGGACCGCUGAAGAGCAAGAUUGAAAUGCAAUGGUCAGAUAUCAUUGCUAUUAGAGCCAUCAUUCUACAAAAUGAUCAAUCAGGAGUUCUCGAGAUUGAGUUGAAUCAACCACCUUCCUUUUAUCGUGAAACAAAUCCUCAACCAAGAAAGCACACAUUGUGGCAGCAGACAUCAGAUUUUACUGGAGGCCAAGCUCCCACUUACAGGAGGCACUGGGUUAGAUUUCCACCGGGAGUACUUGACAAGCACUAUGAGAAGCUAUUACAUUAUGAUGCAAGGCUGAAUGAACUAAGCAAACAACCUUUCCCUAGCCAAUUAUCUCCUUAUUUUGAAUCAGAUGUUCCUGAGUUUUCGGAUUACUUUGACAAUAGAUAUGGAUCCCAGUUUUUUUCCAAGAUGCAUCAUCCUAUUCGUUUCUCUUCUUCUUCCAUUUUAAUCCCUAACCAUCCAAUGCAUAAUAGAAGGACAACGAUGGCACCUGUCAGAAAUUUCAGUUCAAGCUUUUCAGUGUCAGGUGAAAGGAGAAGUAACUAUGCAAAUACCGACCAAAGGAGGGUGCUUUUGCGACAAGGACCAAACAACUUGGUGAAUGUUGCAAUGGGAAAUCAAACUAUUGGAAUGUUGCCCGUUUCUACAACACCACAAGCUAAUUGGGGUAUUCCAACCCAGAAUUAUCAAGCUAUGUAUCAACAAAAUGAGUUGACGGGACAUAAUCAAGAUAAUGUAGUGCUAAACUAUAUAGAGAACCAUUUAUUGAAUGACAAUCAAAUGGCAUACUCCAACGAAUUAAAACUAGCUGGAAAUGCAGACUCGAUGUACUCAUUGCUCGAGCAUCACCAAAAUGGAAGUGUUGAUGCUACACGUGAUGAACAUGGUUUAAACUUUGGUUAUCAUAUAACAGACAACUAUGCACAGGAUGCUGUACCAAACAAUGGACUGGCUUACACGGAGCCAAUUAAUUGGAUGGUUCCUCAAGAAACAAAUCAAAACCUAAAGUUGGAACAAUUUAUGGAGCAUUCAACUAGUCUUUCUACCUAUUCUGAUACAGUACAUGGAGGUUAUCCAACUCUAGAUGUUUACGGCGAACAAAAAAGUAGGGUUCAAGGGGAGUAGGCGACAGAAGAUCUUGUUCCAUGUUUUUCCUUUUUGCAAGUACAUUAUUAUUAUUGUCUUAUCAGAAAGUAGAUAACUUUGGGACCCUCAAAUUAAGGGGUCUCCUCGUCAA